UUUAAGGAAAUAUGAAGAAAGCUUUAGCCACGUGAAAUAAGAGAGACAGAAGAGCAGGAGUCUUUUUGGAUCAGGAUAUUUUUAAAUCGGAGAAUCAUGAGAACAAAUCAGAGUACUUAGAAUCUGAUCGAAGCAACGAUAAGCUCAGCAAAGAUCUUCAAGAAGAUAUCAGGCAAAUAAACUUGAGCGGAGAAGCAGCCAUGAUAAAAUAGAAGGAUAAGCAUUCUUUUGAAAGGAGGGUCUCAUAGCGACGAAGAUUUUAAAGACUCAGGAAUAAUAAAAAGCGAAAGGAUAUCUGAUCAAUCAAACCAGGAAUUUUGAUCCAGCCUCGAUUCUGACAAGUAUGGUGAGGAUUAUUGCUCUACAAAGAUUCAAGAAGCCAUUCACAGGAGAAGGAGAUCAAGGAAAUAAAUGCAAGGCUAUGUUCAUGCCCAAUAUCCAAAUUCAAGGUGAAGAGAUCAAAGAAGAACCCGAUUAUGAGUCUGAAGAUGAUCACUCAGAAGAUGAGUACGAGCAAGAUGAAGAAGAAGAUGAAGCUGACUCUCCCGGAUAUGACUAUCUUGAGCCUAUCAUGGAGAUGCAAAGUUCCGAGGAAAGAGGAUCCUAUUCUUGAAUCCUCUUGAGAGCACCUUCAUUGGAUUACUAUGAUGCUCAUAUUUAUGAGUUAAAAGAGCUCAGUAGCUCUAAAGCGCUAAUCAAUAGAGUGCCUUAUGUAUUUACAAAGAACACAAGCAAGGCAUUAAAGUACAAAAGUCUUAGGCCAAAAAGAAAGAGCAAAUCUGCUUCUGAGAUUCCAAAAUUCAACACCAAAAAGGCAUCUGUUAUUAAAAAAAAUAAGCUCUUAAAAAGAUAA